UUUACAAAGAUUCGUAAGUCAUAAGUCUUAAGUCUUAAAUAUUCCUAACUUACGACAAAGCGUAAGACCGUUUUAUGAAACAUAUCCUAUUUGCAUGUCGUAACUCCUAAAUCGCAACUUUCCUCGUAAGUCAUAAAGGAACUCUUUAGCCUUAAAAGGUAUGAAAGUAAACUUGGAUACCGCGCGAACCAAGACGCGAUGACGCGCAGACGGUAUAUUUCCGAAAUGACAAGAAAAGAGAAUUGGAGACAAGAAGAAAUAUCUGCCCUGGUUGAGGGUGUUAGCGACCGCCUCGAGGUGAUAAAAGGAAAAUUUUCCCCUUUUAUUACCUCAGAGAAAAAAGCCAACGCAUGGGAGGAAGUAUUGGAAAGGUAUAUUAUAUUUUUUUCUGAAAUCAUAUAACGUUAUGUUAAAGAUAUAGCAUAAGUAAAUCUUAUGUCUAUAUAAAUAAAAAAAUGUCAUUUUGCAUUAAAAGUUUUUAAUAUAUAUUUAUAUUUCCAUCCCCUUACCCGAUUUCAUUUUCUUUUGAAGGGGAGGGAUUGUGCCGAAAUUUUUUAAUUGAAAAGAAAAGAUUUCAUACAUAUAAAAUUGCAUUAUACAAGUAUAAAUAUUUUUCAUAUGUGAGAAAUAUGACAAAAAGUUAGAUUCACUCUGUAAUUGGUUGUGGCAAUAUUGAUUUUUCAUUAAAAAAAUUAGAUAUCUUUGCUAUAUAGCCGUCGGCAUUGUUUUGGAGUUUAUAAUUUCACUCUAUAAAUAUCAACCAAUCGAAUCGGGGAAAUCCCGUAAACCUCCUUCACACAAAAAUGGUGGUUUGCGUAAAGUUGGAUUGAAUAGCGCUUUUGAUGUGUUUUAAAACUGAAACCGAUAUGAAAUGAAUUUCCUGCAUUUAUGAUACAGCGAUUUAUGAUGGCUUCGAAUACUUAUGUCUUUAAUGGAUUACCGCGUGAAUAUUAUCGGAUCAGGAAAAAAGAGGUAAGUGUCGUAAGAUGGUAUCGUUCAUAUUUUAAAGCGUGCACAUAUUUUUUUUUCAGUGUAAAUGCCUGCAGCUUUACACAGCGAGAUGUCAAAAGUAUAAAAAAGAAGUGGAUAGACAUUCAAAGCAAGACCAGAAAAAGAGAAGCAGAGAGGAGAAGAGAGCAGAAAAAGACUGGGGGAGGUCCACCUCCACUAAACUUGAAGCCAUGGGAAGAUAAGAUUGUUUCUAUUCUCGAUGAUAGCAUGGUGGUAGGGAUAGAAGGUGGUUUUGACACCAGUGAGUGUGGAAGCAAUGAGUUCCCUAAAGCCACAUCUAAUGCUACUUCCAAGUUCAUAUCAGCAGAUGCCUCCAAAACCCAGGAACUAAUUCCUGAGACUCCUCCUCCCUCAUUUGCUGGAGAUACCAGUAUGCCAACUGGCUGUUCCACAAAGAGAAAAAGAAAGAUCACUGUUGAGACAGCAUGUACAUCAGAUAACUCCAAGGCAGAGCUACUGCUUAACAUCCAAAGAGAGAAACUGGAGCUUAAAAAAAGUCUGCUCGAGGUAGAAAAGAAGAAGUUGGAUGUGCUUAAAGAGAUCUGUUUUGAAUUGAAAAGAAAAAACUGUUGCUGUUCCUAUUCUUUUCAAACUCUUGAGCCCUUAGUUGAACUUGAACCAGCAUCUUGCUCAGUUUCACCAACUAUCAGAGGUCUUGUUGUGAAAGAAAUUUAAUUUUGUCUGUGCAAUGUAAAUUAGCCUGUUUUAUACCAUGUAAAGAGCUUUUCUGAUGAAUGGUGCCUGUAUGUCUGUCUCUCAAUCUGUCUGUUUGUAAACUAAGCACAUAUUUUCCUUCUACUUUAGAACCCAUUGGCAGUAAAUAUUAUUAUUGUAUAUUCUAAAAUAUUGAAUUGAAGGGUCAACCUUUGUGAAAGGGAGAUAAUCAUAAAACUUGGUUAACAUUUAAAUACCGGUAGGUGUCUUAAGAUAUUCUUCUCAAGAGUCACUGCACUAGCUAUUCCGGUCUUAAUAAUAUAGUGAAAAUUAUAAGAAAAAAAUAUGUAAUGCCACAUGAUACACCAAUUUAAAAAUAUUCCAUAAGUGAGCAAUGUGGCUCAUUAUUCUCUUGUUUUGCUUGUUAAAUUUGUUGGGUGGGGGUAUUUGUAAAUCUUUAUUUUUUUAAAUUUUCUGAUGUUAUAGAGAUCUUAUGGUCAUUUCAAUAAGAGAUGAAAUAGAUAUUUUGUGAUUUCAUAGCAUGGCAAUUACUCUUGAUUGUUUAAUGACAUUGCAUUUUGAAAUGGAAAUUUGUUUAGUAUCAAAUCCAAUGGUUAAAGUUACAUUUGUGUUAUACUUGUUUUGCUAUUGUUUUCAUCUUGUGUUUAACAGUCAAGUUAUGAUGACGUGAUUACAAUUAUU